CUAGCCUCUCUCUUCUCUCCUUUGGGUCUUCUCGGAGGAAAAAGGCUGGAUUGGGCACAUUGGGGGUGGGGAAGCGGCAGGCCUUAGCUCACGCCCAGAACCUAAGCCAUACUUUGGACUCCCGGGCGCCGGAUUAGCGUCUCGCUUAGGAGUCUGUGAGCUCCUGGAGAAGGGAGGGGUGCGAGCUGAGUGCAUACAGGUUUCUAAACUAGAUGAGAGAUCUCAUAAUGGACCUCAAAUCUCAGUACCUCUGCAGAAGCUUUCUUGAAUCUCCUCUAAUCCAACAACCCUCGGAUGGAUUUUUUUUAUUUAAUAGGGUGUAGUAUGAUGUUAAGAGUACUGGGUUCUGGGAUUAGACUUGAAUUAUAAUCCUGGCUCCACCACUAAUUUUCGUGUGGCAUUGGCAAAGAGACUUACUAUCUCCGAUCCUCAAUUUGCUCAUUUGAAAAACAUGAAUACUAAUAGUACGUCAAUGUGGGGAUUAAAUGAGAAGAUACAUACAAGAAAAGUAUUUUUCCCAGUAGAACGCAUGAAAGCCAACAGAGAAAUGAAGCGCCUUUAUGUGGGUGGCCUUAGCCAGGCCAUUUCCCAGGCUGACCUACAAAAUCAGUUCAGUAGAUUCGGAGACGUUUCUGAUGUGGAGAUCAUCACACGGAAAGAUGAGCAAGGAAACCCACAGAAAAUCUUUGCAUAUGUCAACAUCAGGGUGUCAGAAGCAGACCUGAAAAAAUGUAUGUCUGUUUUAAAUAAAACAAAAUGGAAAGGUGGAACACUGCAAAUUGAGCAAGCAAAAGAAAGCUUUUUGCACAGAUUGGCCCAAGAGAGAGAAGAAGCAAAAACAAAAAAAGAAAAUUCAAGACCAGGCAACACUGACUUGUUAAAAAAGAUGGAAGUGGUUGAUUUGCAUAUGAAAGCUGUGCCAGGGACUGAAGUACCAGGGCAUAAAAAUUGGGUUGUAAGUAAAUUUGGAAGAGUUUUACCUGUCCUACACUUAAAGAGUCAACAUAAACGUAAAGUCAUAAAAUAUGAUCCAUCAAAAUAUUGCCACAACCUGAAGAAGAUAGGGGACAAUUCCACAAAUACCAUCCCUGUAACCAACCUCACUUGGAAAUUGGAAGGAGGACGUGAUCCUAUGAGUAAGAAACGACGAGGAGAGUUGUCUGACUUUCACAGCCCUCCUAAGAAGAGAGUAAAAGUACAGUGUGAUGCGGGUGCCACUGGGCCUCUGGCUGUUCACCCACGACACAGUUCAGUAAUGGACAGUCCACUCCUAAUACAGCAGCAGGCUGCACAAAACACACCUCAUGAUUCCAUCAGUCUUUCUAAAUUACGCUGUGUACCUAAUUCUGAUUGUCAGAAACCUAAAAAUGUACCUUUUCAGACUCAUGGCUUGGAAAUUGGCAGAAACAAAAAUAGCAUGUCUGAUGAUGAUAUCGAUUCUGAAGAUGAAUUAAGAGCAAUGAUUACAAGAGAGGAAAACUUACAGAGAACUACGUGGUCCUCAAUAAAAGAACUUGAAAAUGAUCCCUUUGUAGUUGUAAGGGAUGAUUUCAAAUCAGAUGUUCACAAACUUUAUUCUUUAACGAGUUUAGGUAUCAAAAAUAAUGUCUCUUGCCAGGUUAAAAAUGAUUAUGUUACCGGAAAUGAUUGUGAAUAUGAUUCAGGAGAUACAGAUGAAAUCAUUGCAAUGAAAAAAAACAGUAAGGUAAAAAACAGCACAGAAUUUUUAAAUAGAGAAAAAUCUAUAUGUCAGAAAACUUUGAAAGACAAAAAAGGCUGUGAAUUUUCUGAUGAUUCUAUUAAAGUACAAAACAGAAAAAAAAGAGUAGAGUUAGCAGUCAGUAAUGGGGUUAGGUUUCUUAAUUGUAAGUCUCCAUCUGGCUCCAGUAACAGUGAAGAUGCUAAUUCUGUGUCGGAAUCGGCUGAGUCUGAAGGAGACGAGGAGUAUAACGCCAUGAUGAAAAACUGUCUCCGCGUGAAUCUCACUUUAGCUGAUUUGGAACACUUGGGUUGUAGUGAUGCAGAGGCUCCGAAAGAGAGUACUGAGAGCAAUAGCCAGGAAACCACCACCUGCUGCCAGUUUGUCAGGGCCUCCAGGAGCCUCAAGACUCCUGACAGUUCCCAUAGAGGCAAACAGUGCAUUCACCCUGAGGACAUUGUGGCUUCUCUUUUAGAAGGAGAAAAGAACAUCUGUAGUAAACAGAAACCAAAGGAAAACAAAUUCCAGGCUUUCAAGGGAAUAGUCUCACUCUAUGGAAAGGAAUCCAGGAAAAACUCAUUGAAAGAGGGUAUUGCCUCUAACAAUAUUAAUAAAGAUCAGAAUUCCUUGAAACUUCAGGAUUCCAGUAGCAUUUCCAUGGAAAAGGGGUCCUCGUUUGCUGAUGGCUUAUCAAGAGAACUGACUCCAUGCCAACACACAAAGAAGGCAAAUAGCCCUAACCAUACUAAGCCUCAAAACAGACAGGCCAUUUUUGAGAGCCAGAAUCCCAAGGUGGUGUCCCCAAGCAAUUCAGAAAAGAAAAGUACUACUUCUAGUCCGUUGCUGUUAACAGGUAAGAAGUCCUUAAGUCUUGGUGCAAAGAGUCACAAGAUAGACUUUGAUAAAGAUGGUCGCCACAGUAACCCAAAGAUAGAAGAUGGUUUGGAGAAGGAGAGGACUGAUUCACGCAGCCUUACAUCUCCUGAGAAAUCACCAAAGGUCUCUUCUGGGAAAGACAGGCCCAGCUGCAUGUUCAGUAAACAGACUCAGGAAAGCAGAAGUGAUUUCCCACGUUCUGUUAGUAAUCCAUCAGAUGUUACUGAGGAUAGGCAUGCUCAAGAUAAUCGGAAGCGUUUGGCAGCCUUAGAUGCAAGGCAGAAAGCAAAACAAAUACAAAAGAAGCUGGUUCAUAAUGCUCUAGCAAAUUUGGAUGAUCAUUCAGAGAUCAGGCCAACACACAUCAUCUUUGGUUCUGACAGUGAAAGUGAAACAAAAGAGACAUACAUUCAGGAACAAAGCCAUCCCAGAGAGGAGCUUGUGAAGGAGUCCAUCUGUAAAGCACCUGGGAAGCUAUUUGAUAGCAGCAGUAAUGAGGAAUCUGAUUCUGAAGAUGACAGUAACAGGUUUAAAAUCAAACCUCAGUUUGAAGGCAGAGCUGGACAGAAGCUCAUGGAUUUGCAGUCUCGCUUUGGCACUGAUGACAGAUUUCACAUGGACUGUCGAUUUCUAGAAAGUGACAGUGAAGAGGAACAGAAAGAGGUAGAUGAAAAGAAAACUGCUGAGGAGGAAGAGCUUGCUGCAGAAAAAAAGAAAGCACUGGAUGUUGUGCAACAUGUGUUGCACAUCAACUUGAGCAAUUCUACAAGCAAAGGAUCAAUAACUGCUAAGAAAUUUAAGGACAUCAUACAUUAUGAUCCAACAAGGCAUGACCAUGCCACUUUUGAAAGACAAAGAGAUGAUAAACAAAAAGAAAGUAAAGCAAAGCGAAAGAAGAAAAGGGCAGAAUGUGAGAAGCUACCUGAGGUAUCGAAAGAAAUGUAUUAUAGCAUUGCUACGGAUUUGAAAGAAAGACUCCAAACUACAAAAGAUAGCAGUGAAAAGAAAGAAAACAUACCCUGGAAUGUAGACUGUGAUGGAGACAAAACAGAAAUAAAUGACCCUACGCCUCUAAAGAAUGGGGAUGAGGAGCCGGCUGGGUUUACAUUUUCCUUUUUUGAUUCAGAUGCUAAAGAUGUAAAGGAAGAGACCUAUAGAGUUGAAACAGUGAAACCUGGAAAGAUUGCCUGGCAGGAAGACCCUUGUUUUCAAGACAGCAGCUCAAAAGAGGAAGAUGCUACUGAAGUCAUAGAUCACAGAAGGCCCAACUCAGGAGAAGUAUCAUUACCUGAGAAAGAGACCAGUAGAUUUUUCUUUUUCUGUAAGAAUGACGAAAGACUUCAUGUAGGUUCUGACUUAUUCUGGAGAGGAGCAGGAAGUGAUAUGAGCAGGAAUUGUUGGGAGACCCGAACAAAUAACCUGCGUAUGGACUGUCGGAAGAAGCAUAAAGAUGCAAAAAGAAAAGUGAAACCAAAAUAAUGAGUAUCACCAUUGGUUAUGAUACUGUAUGUGAACAGGCUCACCUAAGGAAAUUGACCCAGAAAAUAAUUUUAGCUGA